GGAAUGCGCUGCUCGGACUCACCUGCGCGUUCAUGGAUACGCCCAUACCUGGAAGGAUCAGGAAGUCUGGGAUUGUACACAGAAUCGAGCUGUUGAGUGUUUGUCUUAAAGUGUUUAUUCUCAUAAAGACCCCGCCGAACCCCGCGUGUCUCCGAGAAUCUGGCUCUUCAGUACUGGCUCCUGUAAAGUGACCAGUCCAACCAGAUCGAGUUAUUCCGAUCCAGCCGCUCCAAAAGGUUUUCUUUGACCCACGAAGUUCAGUAUUUGUGUCUGCGACGCCUCUCUGUUCCCAGCUACCCGGCCCUUUUACAGAACCCAGUCAUGGAGGAGACGGUGUGGGAGCAGUACACUGUGACCCUACAGCGGGACUCCAAGAAGGGCUUUGGCAUUGCUGUGUCUGGAGGGCGGGACAAUCCGAACGAAGAAAAUGGAGAACCGUCAAUCGUUGUUUCCGAUGUGCUGCAAGGGGGUCCUGCUGAUGGCUUGCUAUUUGAAAAUGACCGAGUGAUCCAGGUCAACAAUGUGCCCAUGGACUGUGUCCAAUAUGGCUUCGCAGUGCAGACUCUCCGCAAAUGUGGCAAAGUAGCCAAAAUCACGGUAAAGAGACCAAGAAAAAUUCCCGUCAGCGUGGUCAAACGUGGCCCGUCCCUAGACGACCGCGUCUUCAGCGGCGACUACAACGACGACUAUGAGCUGGACCAGCGCAGCGUCUACAGCGGCCGCGGCUACAUGGAUGAUCAUGAUCGUGACUACGAGCGCAGCCGCGGGAGGAGCAUGGAGCGCGGCGUGAGCCCCGACAGACAGUACAGACGAGACGGCAGCCGCGGCCGAACGCUGGACCUCGAGCGCAGCCCCGACCGCCGCUACCGAAGUGACCACAACCUGGAUCUUGACCACAGCCUGGACCGCCGCUACCGAAGCGAUCGCACGCUGGACCGCAACUACAGCCCGGACCGACGCUAUCGCAGCGAACACAACCUGGACAGAGAGCGGAGUCCGGACAGACAGUACCGCAGCGAUCGUGCACUGGACAGAUCACACAGUCCUGAGACGCGCUACAGGCCCGAACCGGCUCGGGUGUACAGCAGAGAGAAUCUAGCCAGCGACUACGAGCGCAGGAGGUCCGAGCCGCGCCAGGACGAACCCAUGAGGAGGAGUAGCAGUCGAGACCGGCUGGAUCACUCACCCUCACCCCCGCCACCACAGCGACUCGAACCCUUGGAGAAGCCACUCAAUGUUACUCUUCUAAAGAGCCGCCCAAGUGACGAAUAUGGCCUUCGUCUUGGCAGUCAGCUGUUCAUCAAAGAGACGACGAGCACAGGCUUGGCAUCCAAAGAAGGCAAACUACAGGAAGGCGACAUCAUUCUGAAAAUUAACGGUACGGUCACAGAGAACCUGUCUCUGAGCGACGCAGGGAAGCUGAUCGAGAAGUCUCGUGGGAAGCUGCAGCUGAUGGUGCAGAGGGAUCGCAGUCAGGUGCUCAUCCGAGUCCCACCCAUGGCAGACAGCGACUCCGAAAUAGAUGAUAUCUCCGAUAUUGAGUCGUACCGCUCCUAUUCUCCUCAAGAGGACCGACGCAGUCAUCACUCUGACCUCUCCUCACACUCCUCUAAUGAGAGACUGCAGGACAAAAGCAGAGAUGAGCCUCCUAACAGACUGGCUAAAAUGGGAGCGAUGCCGACUCCGUUCAGAGCGGCGCCGGUGGAGCUCCCGCCUCCACCUGUAGAGAAGGAAGAGCCUCGCAGCCUGUCUCCAGCUCCUGUGGUAACUGCUGCUCCGAAAAGUGUUCCAGUGAAAGCCAAGCCUCUGCCAAAGGUUCCCCUGCGGCCCAGUCCGGAGGAGCAGGAGAUAUACGGCCCCAACACUGUGAUGGUGCGCUUCCAGAAGGGCGAUAGUGUUGGCCUGCGUCUCGCUGGAGGAAACGAUGUGGGCAUUUUUAUCGCAGGCGUUCAGGAGGACAGUCCUGCAGAGAUCGAGGGACUCUGCACCGGAGACCAGAUCGUGAAGGUGAAUAAUAUGGAUUUCAGAGGAAUGAUCCGGGAAGACGCAGUCCUGUAUUUACUAGAGAUUCCCAAAGGAGAGGAUGUGACCAUCCUGUCUCAAAGCAAACCUGAUGUUUAUAAAGACAUCCUGGCCUCGGGACGAGGUGAUAACUUCUUCAUCAGAACUCACUUUGAAUAUGAGAAAGAGCUCCCUCAGAGCUUGACCUUCUCCAGAGGAGAGGUUUUUAAAGUGGUGGACACCCUGUACGACGGAAAGCUGGGUAACUGGCUGGCCAUCCGCAUGGACAAAGACAAUCAGCUCCUGGAGAAAGGCAUCAUACCCAACAAGAGCAGAGCGGAGCAGAUGGCAAACGUUCAGAACGCACAGAAAGGCGCUGCCAAUGACAGAGGAGACUUCUGGAGGCUGAGAGGUCAAAGAGCAGCCAAGAAAAAAGACCUUCGCAAGAGCAGAGAGGAUCUGAGCGCUACCCCGGUCACCACACGCUUCCCAGCCUACGAGAGAGUGGUGCUGCGGGAAGCUGGGUUCAGGAGACCUGUCGUAAUAUUCGGCCCCAUUUCAGAUGCAGCCAAUGAAAAACUGGCCAAUGAUCUUCCAGAAGAGUUUAUCGUAGCGAAGACCGAACCGAAAGACGCAGGCUCAGAGAAGUCGUCUGGUGUCGUGAGACUCAAUACUAUUCGUCAGAUCAUCGAGCAGGAUCUACACGCUCUGCUCGAUGUCACCCCGAAGGCUGUGGACACCCUGAACUACACCCAGUGGUAUCCCAUCGUCAUUUUCCUCAACCCAGACAGUAAGCAGGGGGUGAAGACCAUGAGAAACCGUCUGGCUCCCGGAUCUAGCCGCAGUUCACGCAAGCUUUACGAACAAGCAGUUAAACUGCGCAAAACCUGCUCCCACCUGUUCACUGCUACCAUUGAUCUGAACUCUUCCCAUGAUGCCUGGUAUGGAAGUCUCAAGGAUGCCAUACGAGAACAACAAGAGAAAGCUGUCUGGGUCUGUGAAAGCAAGCUGGAUGGGUCUGAGGACGACCUGGAUCUCCACGAUGACUGUAUGUCGUACCUGUCGGCCAUGAGCGCAGACUACCUGAGCAUGGACAGCCGUCUGACCAGCGACUACGAGGAUGAGGGCGGCGCAUACACCGACACCGAGCUUGACGAGACCACGGACGAGCCACAGCCGAUGUCAGCCAUCAGCCGCUCGUCUGAGCCUGUUAGCGAGGAGAGACCCAUACCUGUUCCUCAUGAGCGUUCAAAGAAGCCUGCGAGCAGAGAGGUGCAGCGGGACCCCAGCCCGCCUCCAUCAUUUGUUCCUGAGCCCCCGAAGGUGCGGGCAGCUUCUCGUCCUGCAGACUCUCGCUCCAGCAGCACAGUCAGCAGUGACCCUCCUGUCAGUAACAAACCUCUUCCACCGCCGGUGGCCCAGAAGCCCAGCUUCACAGUGAGGACGGGCUCAGCUGAAGAAACGACCUCUGACCCUGUAGAUGACCCUGCCAACCGCACCUUCCGGGGAAAGGUGAAGGCCUUUGAGCAAAUGGACCACCUGGCCCGGGCCAAGAGGAUGCAGGAGCUGCAGGAGGCGGAGCAAGCACGGCUGGAAAUAUCUCAGAAACAUCCAGAUAUUUAUGCAGUUCCCCUCAAGCCCAAACCAAACCAAAACAGGCCUCAACCCAUUGGCUCAAACUCUGAGUCCCAGAGCUCCUCCAAAGCGCCGUAUUCAGAGAGCCGCUCUCACCGCCGCGCCGAUGAUGAUGAUGAUGAAGAAGAGGAGUAUCGCCGGCAGCUGGCAGACCAAACCCGCAGGGGCUACUACAGCGCCCAGAAAUACAACGACACUGAAUUCUAACACCCAGCGUCCCACAAACAGGAAGUUUCCUGUGCAUGUCAUGAUAAAGCAACUGAAUGUGCUUCCUGUUCUUCUGUAAGAGGGACUGAACCACAGAUAAAGCACAUGCCAAAAACACACAUGCAGUAUAUACACACCAGUUAUAAAACAGCAUCUUUUUAUACCUGCAAUGUUUUUAUAUGAAAUUUCAGUCUAUAUUUCAUGUAUUUCUUUUUUUUUUUUCCACAAUGCCACUAGCUACUUAGAUGGAGUUAACGUUACACUGUCCUCAUUUACACUGCUGACGUUUGCCAUAAACUAAAAUUGAAAUGGAGUUGCUGGAGUGCCUUAAUGUCAUUGAUGUAUUAACUUAAGCUCAGCUGAUGCUUUUAAUGCUUGCUCCAUAUAUUACUAUGCUAUGAUUAUGUAAAAAUCUGGUAUAAUGUCACAUCAGCUUUACAUUGAUUCUCUGAGAAUAAGAAGAUCAUGUGUAAUGUUCACACUAUUGGUGUGUGUCUGUGAUCAGUGCUUGGGGUUUAACCACUAAUAAAACAGAGGUGUGGGAUUUUUACUUUUUUUAAAAGACAAAUCAAUAAACCUGACUUUUAAUGAUA